CACGCACGCACAUACACACAGACACACACAGAGGUACACGCACGUAGAGCAAGAAGUACACGCACAGCGCGUGAAACAUAUGUGCCCGCGUGCACUCAUUGAGUCCAACCGCGUGAGACAGAGUCAAACGUUGUUCGUUGAGAACGCGCACGUUAAUCGUUAAUUACGCGGCCACGUUCGUAGAACAUAUACGGGAGAGCACGUGUAUCCAUCCGGAGGGGCAGCUGAACGCGAGAGCGCGGCUGAAAGAACGCACGCACUUCCCCGCUACGGAAGCUCCCGUAGCUUUCAAGUAACAGAUCAUUUGCCGUUGUAUUUCCCAUGACAGUCGACGCAAAACAAGUGAAAGUUCGUGGGAAUGCCUUUCUGGCAAAAGGGUGAUCCGAGUCGCUCCGCGUUCUACCGAUUUCUGUUGCGUCGACCCUGUUCUUGGUACAUCGGCAACUUAUUGUGAAACAAGGACGCGCGGAACACAGCUGAUAUUUGGCCCGAGAACAACUUUAUGUCGGUAACCAGAGCCGGUGAACAGAACGCCAGGAAAGGCGCAACAGGGAGUUAAGAGAAAGAGCAUUUCUGUACUUGUCGAUCGAAACCAAGCUACGUCACUACUUUCAAGAUGCUGCCUGCCAACGUGGUAUCCUUUGUCAAGAAGAUAGUGACAACGCAAUCAGAUUCCGGAACAACCGGAUCGGUUACGCCGGACGAAGGCACUUUCAGCAAAUGGAGGCAGCUGGGAAGCGGCGUGAUACGGGACGUGACAAAAUUUGGUCCAGGUAAAGUCACACCGGCCGAGGAAACUCAGCCCAAGGAAGAGACGACGACAGAAUCAACGAAGACGAAGUCGAAAACCGGGGACGAUUGCAGAGUGUGUCGGAAGUCGUUCGCGCCGGAAGAAGCCUCGAGAAUCUGCUGCGAGUGUCAACACAAAGUUUGCGAGGACUGCGCUUGCUAUUCGACGACGACGAAUUCCGACGAUCCGUCGUCGUGGCGGUGCAGCGUGUGUCGGCGGAAACUCGCGUCUCGGGACCAGCCGAUCGUGACGCAGGAAUCGACCGAUUCCUUGCUCGAGGUGCCAGUCCUGGAGGCCCUGCAGAGGAGGCACAGUGACGCGAGACUCGGCUGUCAGAGCGGCAGCCAAAUCAUAAAUCUUGGCUCUGGAUUGGCGCCGCCGAGGAGCCCGGAACUCAGGAGGCACUCGGAUGUGUCACCCGCCAGUCUAAAGGAACUCGAGAAGUUUCGAAAGGUUGCAGGGGAACGCCGCGACGAGCUCAGAUGGGAAAGGGACCUGGAUCGCAACAUCAGGUCUAGAGCGACCUCGCCGGAUCGCCACCAGGUCGAUAGGGGAAGAGCUACCAGUCCCCAGAGGGUUGUGCCGUCUUCUGUUGCCGCGGAGCCACCGGAUGUACCAUUAAACGCGGAUGAGGAAGAAGAACGCCGGAGGCACGUACGUCGUCCUAGCAGCACGGUUCGUAGAAUGACCAGGCAGAGGUCGUACGACGACGAAAUGAAGAGCGUUGCCGCAAUGUCCGGGGGUGGAGGACAACACGCGCACCCGGAGCCUGGUUUAGGACUUCCGGUGCAGCUGCCAAGACGAGCGUCAGCCUACGACGUGUACGCGACGCCAGGAGCCGGUGGACUUAAUGCCAUGGCCAUCGCGGCUGCCCAGCAAAGGGCAUCGAUCUCGGCGCAAGGUGGCAGGAAACCAGAGGAAAGACCGACCGUUCGUAGAUCAUCGUUUCGAGCAGUGAAGCCGGUGAUGCCGUACGAUGUCGGUGCUGAAGAUGAAAGUAUGAUGAACUUGGAAGCAUCCCCUGUGCCAGUGGUUCCACCAAAAGUGGUGCCUCCACCUGUUUUGGGUCCUGACGAAGAACGACGCACCAGACGAAGGGGCUCUCAACUACCGGAUAUAAACGCGAUAAAGGUGUUGGCGUCUGCGAGUUCUUCAGGUGCGACGAAAGUGGCUCCCCCAUCGGCAGUGAAUAGGGUUGCAGCCGAAGAUCGUGAGUUAGCGCGACAAGGAAGCCUCGUCGAUGGAGAAAGUAUCAAGAUCGUUAUCCAUCAUGCAGACAAUGACAUGACGCCGUGGAUGAACGCAAAGCGAAGAAUGAAAUUGAGAAGAGAUCCAACUUUGGACAAAGGGCAUAGAUCGGCUGGUUUUGGUCUAAGGGUAGUUGGCGGUAAAACGGGAACUGAUGGAAGAACUUUCGCAUACGUGAUGUGGACUGUGCCAGAUGGUCCAGCGGCGAAAGCUGGUAUACAACGCGGCGACAAGGUACUCGAAUGGGGCGGGGUGUCUCUGGUAGAUCGAAGCUUCGAAGAAGUCGUUCAAAUAACAGAACGGGGCGACGAUGUGGUGGAUCUGGUGAUCGAGCAUGCUGCCGACACCGGGGACCUUCCGGAGGAUAUAACCGCGGCGCCAUCGUCGGGAAAAGUGCCGGGAAAUUUAGGACUGCUGAUGGAAGGAGAAACGGAUAAAACGCCCUCCUCACCGACGCGCAGGAAACUGCCAAAGACGCCGGAGCAAAUCGCGAAAGAGAAGCAGGUGACGGGACGGAUACAGAUUCAGGUUGCGUACGAAGCGGAUCGUAGAGAGCUGAUCGUUUCCGUUUUCACCGCCGACGAUUUGUGCCCUAGAGAAGACAUGGGAUACGGCACGCUACCGGAAGCUUAUGCGAAAUUGGUCCUACUCCCAGUUUGUGCUGAUCAAAUUACUUUGAAAACCGUGGUCGCGGAGCCAAGUCAAAAGCCAAUUUGGAAUGCAACAUUGGUCUUCUCCGGAGUUGACGGCGAGAGUUUAAUGAAUCGAGCAAUCGAAGUGACUCUCUGGGAUUUCUGUCCUGAUGGCGAUAAUAUUUUUCUCGGCGAAUGCACCGUUGAUGUCCAACGGGCCCUCGAAAAUGACAGAGCUGUUUGGUAUCGACUAGAAGAUCCUCGUGGCCUUCGUACAAGCAAAUCGCCCUACUGUUCUCCCCGUGGCUCCCUUUCUAUGGAAAUUGCCCAAAGGUUACUGCGAAAGACCGAACUGCGCGAAAGAAGUUACAGCGACGAUACACAGAGCGACAGCGGAAGUCCGGAGCUCGGUUUCCUGCAUCCGGAUCACGCUUGGCAUGCAAAUUCUAGAAGAGGCUCCAGCCAAUCCGAACAGCUGGAAGUCGAACCGUACGAACUUAACCGAGAUUACAGCAGAUCCUUGCCCGGCAGCAGAAGAAGCAGUUUCCAAAGCCAAGGCGGCACCGACAGUAAACGCGGAAGUAUGGGAGAGGCCGACAUGCCGGCUAUAGUGCACUACAAUCGGGACCGACGGCGAAGCUCGUUUACCAGGCCGAUGAGGGAUCCCGAAGAAAUUCUGGAAGGUCUACGAUCAUUGAAAGCGGCCAAGAGGGAGCUUGGCAGAACGAUGAGUCUCUCCGGAGACAAAAGACGCGAGAGCCGGCGGGGUGAGCGCAAAGACAGCAUCAUGAAUAUUCCGGAGAGGUUUUAUGAUCGCAACAGUGAAUCAGAAGAGGAAGACAAGUGGAGUCAGUCAGCGAGAAAUGAAAAUGGCGUUGACGCGAAGCUGGGUCGCGGACAGGUGCCACCGAAGGGAUUCAAGAUGAUACCUGGAGGUCAAAGUGGUGAGGUGAAACUGGGUUUCUGCCUAAGCAAGGGAACGCUCGAAGUCGAGGUUAUAUGCGCUAGAGACAUUUGUCCAGGCGAGAAAGAUGAGCCAGACACCUACGUGAAAACCUAUCUCCGUGACGGCGAUAGAUGGCUACAAAAGCGUAAAACACGCGUAAUACGGCACUCGAGGAAUCCGCAAUAUCGUCAGACUAUCAAAUACGGCAGCUGCGACGCUCUUGGAAGAAAUCUACUGGUUAUGCUGUGGGAGAAGAAGCAGGCAUUCGAAAGUAAUCAAGGCUUAGGCGGUGCCGAAGUGAGCCUCGAUCAUCUUCCAUUGACUCGGUUGACCGUCGAUUGGUAUCCCUUGUUCCCGAUUCAUACGCUUGGCACUCAAACCGCGGACUCUCCUUGAUGGCUGAGGGAAAAAUGGGCCCUCGAGGCCGGAGAGCUCGACCUCAGACUGAGCCUUCUGCUCAAGGAUGAGAACGAGUCUGUCAUCAAAAUUAUCUCUUGAUGGAACCCUGAAACGCUCCGUUUUCUCCAACCAUCUUCAUUCCUUCUGCUCCCUUCACUUUACACUCUUAUGUUCUCUCACUGUUUCUUUUCAAUCAACUUUCCAACCCAAGGAUUCCCUGACGCGUACUUUCAUGAUGUGUAAAUCGUAUCGACGACUUGGCACUUCAGAAUCUCGAUGACUGUCGAGCACGUCACGGGCACGAUUCGAUGACGGGCAAUUUGUUAAUGGUCAAACUAGAUUACAGCUCAUCGAGCAAGGAACAAAGGGCCUAAGUGAGCACGUAGGCAAACAGCAAUGGAGUUACGUUCGCUAAUGAAACGUCCAUGGUCGAGACAGUGAGCAAUAAUGAUAGCCUAAUAGAUAACUAGCAAUGGGAUCAAAAUAUCAAAUGUAGGUAUUUAUUAUAUAAAUCCAAGCCGAUUCUAAAACUGAAACCUCGUUUUAUGAGAUUCAAUUUAUUAUUUAUACAAGAGUGACGUUUCAUUCUUUGUAUUUGUAAGAUACGUGGGUUAUGAAUAUUGAGCCAGUUUGGAUUUUCAAAACAAGUGUCUGUAAAAUCCGAGAAAUAUAUUUACACGUAACAUAGAAUGAAAUUUUACAAAAAUUGUAAUUCGAAUCCAAAAAGGGGAGAAUAUUUUUUGAUUUUUCACUCAAGAUCAAUAUUAAAUUCAGUAUUUAAAACUAUUUAAAUACUUGAUCGCAAAUUAGUUUUGAAUUUGAUUCGCUUGAAGCAAUCACCUAGAUAUCUUAGAGCACUUUUAAAAUUACUUAGAUGUCUCAAAGUAUUCAUUGAUGUGCUCGAAACUUAUCUUACCUAGAUUCGGAGUUUUUUUAAAUGUUUGUAUUUUAUAAAAUUGAUCAGAUAUUCGAAACUUUUCAAUCAAAUUUGUACUUUAUAACAUGCACUUCUAUUCGAACCUGAAAAGCGAAGAACCUACAAAAUGGAACUAACCAUACACCGAUUAAUUUUAAUUCAGUAUUAAAUUCAAUAUUAAACAAAAAAAAAAAAAAGAAUUGCAAUCUUCUGGUUGAAAUGAUGAUGAUUCAUUUAUGUUUUUGAAUUUGACUUAAACUUGAAAGAGAUGUUUACAUAUUUCAAAGUAUUUUCAUAGCAAGUUAGAUGUCUCAAUGUAUCUAUCGAUAAAGAAUUCGAAAUCCAUCUCAUCUAGAAUUAUUUUAUAAAAAUAAUUGAUAUUCGAAAAUUUCCAGUCAGAAUUAAACCUUGAUAUUUGAACUGCGGACUGUCAUUGUAUCUGUGAAAAAUUUAAGAAUGUAAAAUUGCAGAAAAUGCAAAAAUAUCGAAAUACUUGUUACAAUAUUUUAUAGCAUAAACAAAUUUCUGCUUAGACUCCGUUUAUUUUGUAUUCGAAAAAAUAUAAAAUUGCAUAGAGAUCCGCAAUGUAUUUAUAAUGUAAUACAUUUAAGGCCAUCUCUAUAGGUAAUCGCGUAACGAUCGUAUCUCCAUUAUUGCUGUUAUUUUCACUGUUGGCAACAAAAAAAAAAAAAAAAAAUUCGACCAUCGAGAUUCCAUUGCAUCAUAAAUUGACCAAUGCGUACAAAUGCUAUAUUUCCAUUUACGUUAUUGUAACCAUACGACAUUCAGCUGAAAGACAAUCAAAUCCGAUGAUCGAUGAUUUAUCAUCGUGAUCAAUAGAAACGCAGUUAUUCCUUUCUGAUCAUCUUUCGUGGGUAGUCGAUUUUAAAUGAUUCUGUGUCGUUUUCUAGAACGACUUUGACGCAAGGCAGGGCAAAAAGUCGAUAUUUUUCACGUUCUCUGAAACUUAUUCACGAAUAUCCACGAAUGUUCUAGCAAUAAGGGUGUACCUCUGCAAAUCAAUUCCACAGAGGGCAACCUACGGAACUGAGAAUGAAAGAAUAAUAAAACGAGGAGAUAAUUGAAAAAAAAGCAACACGAGAGAAAUUAUAUUUUUUUCAUGAAUUAUUAAAAAGCGAGAGAUGGAGGAGGAGAACGAAGAUGCCACGUCUUAAAGAGACGACGAGGGUCCAUUUUUCCCAUAAAUUAAGGAACGACGGAAAUACAAUACGAGAGACGAUCGACAUCUGUCACGGAAACACGUGCUCUGGUUGAUCCAGCUGUUUGCGAUUCGAUCGAGUCUCGUGGCUAACCGAUACGAACCGAUUUGCAUUCGGUGAAACAAACGUGCACGUUCAUCGGCGAACACAUCGUUAAGUAUUUCUGUUCGUGGAAGAAGCAUCUCGAUACAAGUUUUACUCGAUUAAAGUAGCAAAAGUAGCAUCUCGUGAUCGAGGUAAAUACAAUGCAAUUUGAUUGACACGAGUCAGAAUUCUCUCGAUUAUGACAGAAAAAUAAAACCAUAAAAAAAACAGCGAAACUUAUAGAUCGAGACGACUUCUUCGACGUUUCAAUUAUUUAACGGUAGACAAUCGUUUCAAGGCUCGCUGGUCGAGCCGAACACGAAGAGCAAUCGGCAAGUGGUUACCGGAACAACUUUACGGGCAACGUGAAUGGCAAUUGAACAAGAAAAAAAAAAAAAAAAGAAAAAAAAAAUGAAAAAAAAAAGAAAAAAAAUACAAACUCGAUGUUUAGAAGUCACGCAAUUUUUGUAGCUCAUAGACUGACAACAGAGAUUCCUUUGACACUCAUGAGUUUCAUAUAUGGAGGAACACCAAAGAGAACACGAUCGCGAGGGCCAUUGCAGGAUAUAUUCUCCGCAAAUUUCGACCUCGUGAUUAAUCUCUGUGUACCUGUCAGUAGGAUACGUAUCAAAUAUCCCACGAAAACUUUUCGUAUCCGGCAUAUCCGAACGAUAAUAUCGAUCUAGUUGCUAGAUUCGUCGAAAAUUGACAGUACUUGCAAUGACCCUCGUGCCCAGUUUACUCUUUAAACGUACGUUUCGUUCUUUCGCUUAAAUUCAUCACCGAGGAGAAUAUUUUAAAACCAAGUAUCGUCGAAGAUCCGGAUCGGAUUUUCAAGUAAAAUCACGACGACGUUGGGAAAACUGAAUAAUAAAAAAAAAGCGAAAGAAUGGAAACGCGAGAACAGAGUACGGACGAAAAUUGGUCCGACAAAAUAUUGCGCUUACCCCGCCCGAGUUAGAAGCAGGAACUACACUAUAUCGUCAAAUACAAAUCAUUCGGACACGUAUUUAUGAAGGUAUGGACACGCGGCGUGACAAAAGUAUUGAAACGUCGCGUGCGCGACACGAUAAUUUUACGGAGUAAAUCCUAGCACGAAGUAAUCAAACCUAAACGUGUAUUAUAACCCAAACGUAAACGGUGGUAUAUAGAAAUCGAAUGUGAUUUCGCUGACCAAAUCCUAAUUAACGAACGGAUAUAGCCUUUAUCGUAAUGAAUUUUCUAAAAAGCGUCGUCGACUUACAAUGGCCGAAGGUUCGAUUUAUUCGUUCACUCGCAUUGUUUUUUUUCUUUUUUUUCUUUUCGAGUCAGUAACAGUAUUCUUUGCGUUUUCAAGCGCCAAGUAGUGAUGCACGCUUCGCGCUCAAUACUUUCGCGGGAAAUUACUAUGAUUCAACUUGAAACUUCACAGAGCAAUAAAUGACAAAAGGUAUGGACCAUUGGAACCAAUCUCGCACACGAUAAAGGUUAAGAUCUGUUAAGACCCAAGUAUUACGAGUUACUAUUAUCUUGAACGAUGACCUUCUCCCAGCGACAAACGGAGAAUCGUUUCGAAAGUGUUGAAAAAAAGAGAGGAAGUGAUUAUUCCGCGUUAACGUAAAGCUCUGUCUCAAGGACACACUUUAAAUCUAACCUGACUUGUACCGCGUUUCCAUCGAUCACUUCUGAAUUCUUCUAAAAAACGCUUCGUCUGAAACAGAUAUCUCUACUACCUGUUACUACCUGGUUCAUUGAUUACGAUUCAAUUCGAGAACUCGGCUUAUAGAACGUCUUCUAACGGAACAUCUCUUUUUUUCCCUCGAAUUCUUUCGAAAGCGAAGGAGAGGCAACGAUUCUUGAUGGCCUAUAAAAUCAUCCUGAUACGUACAAGACAAAGGCGAGACAUUUGUCUGGUAGAAAGUCAAUUUAACGCUAAAACUACCGACGAUCAAAAUACGAAACUCAUGUCAGAGAAACUAAAGUGCUGGGAAGUAAGAAGAAAAAAAAAAAAAAAAAAAUUUACAACGCAAUAAAUAAUACAAGCUUCUAUUUAUGUGUUUCGCUAAACGAAAAUCGUGUUUUCGUUGAAAAUGAAUUUCGUCGUUAGAAUUUCGAGAGGAAAAUUACGAAUCGGUUAUUUUGACUCUGGUAGUUCUAGUGUUAAAGAAGCACGAAGGGUGACGAACGUUUCAAUGAACGACGUGAGAGACGUACGAGCAGAUUGUUUGACGAACGCAAAAAUCUGAUCGGCCUACAAACAUAUCCUAACAUUUCUUUAAGGAUACAUUUGGCACGAGGAUACUUUUGACGAGAGUUCUCGAAUCGAGAGAUCGACAUUCGCGUUAAAUUACCCGCCAGGUUUGACGAGCUUUCCUCGAAGCUGUCCUCGUCCGAUGAUAA